AUGAAAUUUCGUGUGACAGACCGAAUGACUGAUGCACAAACUGUCAAGACCAAGAAGAACAAGGAUAUGGCCAAGUUCAAGGUUUGCUUCUCUAGGUAUCUUCAUACACGCUAUGUGUCCGACUUUGAGAAGACUGACAAAUUGAAGCAAUUACUUCCUUCAUGUUUGAGCGUAUAA